GGCAUUAAACUCGGGACUGUAAAUAGUUAUUUUUUUAAUGCGAUGGUGAUGAUAGUGAUUUAAUGCGCGUGCACAGUGAGUGAUGAAGAGCAGAUUCGCUACAGUCCUGAUUUACAACUCACAUUAGAAUUAGAAGAUGAACUAAAUAAAAAUCACAUUACAUGAGAAUCGGCCAAUAUGAUAAAAUAACAUCAAUACAUUGGUUUCUACAUUUAAAGAUAGGAUAUAAUAACCACAAAACACUCAGUCCACAAUUAGCCUGCUUUAUCAUGUGAGGCCUAUAAAUUAAUAAACAAUGGUGAAAGUGUAAAGUCAUCUUCAUAUUUAUUUUUUCGUCUAAAUAAUAUCGAAGCUUUUUAAAACCCAGCACAGUCAUAUUUCACUCUUCAUCCAUAAAACACAGAUGAUCUCUGAAAAACAUUAAAGAUGUCAUACACAUAUCACAUGCAGUCUAAACAGAGUUCAUGAGAAUAUUCUCAAAGCAGAUGUAGAGUCAGGUGCAGAAUAAUGCAGAUUAACAGCGGCUUUGAGAUCAAGACUGGAUUUAAUAAGCCUGAUUUAAAGUCGCAUUUAAUUACACACAGUAAAACAUUGCAUUACUUUCGCCCGAACCACUGGAUUCAUAUUUGAUGAUGUCAGUUAUGCUAUUUUAGAUGAUUUGGCUAUUUUAGCAACAUUAUUUUAAGUUGCAUAAGGGCGAUUAAGUUGGUAAAUGUCGAGGUGGUAUAUUUUGCGAUAUUUUAUAGAAGUACGCUAAAACAGAUAGCGAUAUUUUCAAUAAUAAUAAAGUCAUUCUAAUGACUAACCUGCGAAAGAAAACAUAAUUAAUAUUGCGUGUAGCCUAUAAAUAAUUGUUUCCAAAUAAGAUUGGGCUUAAACACUUCCACAGAGUUUCUUCUCCUUUUGCGUCUACAUGCAGCGCAAGUUUAAUUAAGCGAGUCGUGUAGUUUAAUUAGAAACAGCGCGAUUAUGAGAGUUUCCCGCUCUUUAAAAGAGUUGCACGACGAAGCGGAUGAUAAGUCACUUCUGAAAGAACACAUGAGCGUGGAAACAGCGUUAUUAGUCGAGUGGAGGUUCAUCUACUUACUAUUGUGUCAAACGCAACGCGAAACAAUGGUUUGUACAGCGCGACGCGUCGUUAAUGACGCUACAUUACGAGUUUGAUGGAGUGCGGUUUGUUCAUGUAAAUCCGCCGCCUCGCGUCCUCCAAUCAGAGCGCGGCGUCACGAAGCGUCUUCCAAUGAGAGACGCGCGCUUGGAGGUUAUGCGCGCGUCAUCGCCGCUGGGGUCCAUUGAGCGGGGAACGGCGCUUCAGAUGCGGGCGACUGCAGCACUCAAAGCGGGCGUGAGAUCUGCCGAGGACCGGCAUCGCGUUUCUGGGAUUCAUCGGGAAGUUGAAUUCACUUUGACUUGCGGUUGAAAGUUACGGUUCUAGUGGAUGAGUUGUCAAGUGGUGUGCGUUCAACUUUCUCGUACGAACUUUCUCGCCCCGCGGUUCACUCGCACCGAUGUUAGCGGUCGGGCAGAUGGAUGGUAACCGGCAGAGUGCGUUCGUUCUGGGCAGCACUCCUCUGGCUGCGCUGCACAACAUGACCGAGAUGAAGACGUCUUUAUUCCCGUACGCCCUGCAGAACCCCGCGGGCUUCAAGGCUCCUUCCUUCGGCAACCUGAGCUCUCAGAUCCCGCUGGGAACACCGCAUGGAAUUAGCGAUAUUUUGGGGAGACCCAUCACCUCCGCGGGACAGCUGCUGUCGGGCUUCCCCCGGAUCAACGGACUCACUUCAGCGGGGAUGUACUUCAACCCUGCGGCGGUGUCUCGGUACCCCAAACCGCUGACGGAGCUGCACGGGAGGGCGCCCAUAUUUUGGCCCGGGAUGAUGCAGGGCUCCCCCUGGAGAGACCCGAGGGUUCCCUGUCCGGCACAGGCAAAUAUGAUGCUGGACAAUGAUGGGAAGAAGAAACACUCCAGACCAACUUUUUCCGGACAGCAGAUCUUCGCCCUGGAGAAGACCUUCGAGCAGACCAAGUAUCUGGCCGGACCGGAGCGCGCUCGCCUCGCGUAUUCUCUGGGAAUGACCGAGAGCCAAGUCAAGGUUUGGUUUCAGAACAGAAGAACCAAAUGGCGCAAGAGGCACGCGGCAGAGAUGGCCACAGCGAAGAAGAAGCACGACUCCGAGACAGAGAAGAUGAAGGAGAGCUCCGAGAACGAGGAGGAUGAUGAAUAUAACAAACCUCUGGACCCCAACUCCGACGAGGAGAAAAUCACGAGACUGUUGAAGAAGCACAAGACGAGUAACCUGUCCCUCAUCAGCCCCUGCAGCAACAGCUCGGACACUUUGUGAUGACACCGAGCAGAGACUCUUCAUCAUCCUCAUCAUCAUCAUCUUCUGCAGAACCGAGGCAGAAUCAAGCAGGGUAUAAACACAGUUCACGCUUUGCUCUGUUGUACAGUUAGAAGUGGACGUGAAGUGUGUAUAUAUAUUUUUUACUGAGUAAAUUAUGUCAUUAAAGCAUCACGGAGACGUGCCACUUCCCCUUCAUCAUCAUCUUCAUCAUCAUCUUCAUCACGGUCAUUUUUUGUCUUCGAUCGCAGAAGAAUAAGCGUCUGAAAGUGUCAAGAGUGUAUAGAGAAGUGCCAGCGAUGUAAAUGAUGUGAAUAGAUUUGGUUUUAAUAAUUUCCUGGAGUUUAUGUUUACUUCACAACACGGAAAACUCACAAGUAUGGACAUAAAUAUCGACGGAGAGAAUACUAUUGAAGAAAAAACUUUGUAUCAUCAAUAAAUUAUUUAACAAGCCAA